GAUGAUGAUGAUGAUGAUGAUGAUGAUGAUGGUGAUGAUGAUGAUGUUGAUGAUGCUGACGACGAUGACGAUGAUGAUGAUAAUGAUGAUGAUGAUGAUGAUAAUGAUCAUGAUGAUGACGAUCAGGAUAAAGAUGGUGAUGCUGAUGAUGAUGAUGUUGGUGAUGGUGAGGAUGCUGAUGACGAUGAUCAAGAUGAUGACGAUGAUGAUCAUGAUGAUCAUGAUGAUGAUGAUGAUGACCAUGAUGAUAAUGAUCAUGAUGAUGAUGAUGGUGAGGAUUAUGAUGAUGAUGGUGAUGAUGAUGAUGAUGAUGAUGGUGAUGACGAUGACGAUGAUGAUGAUAAUGAUGAUGACGAUGAUGAUGAUGAUGAUGACGGUGAUGACGACGAUGACAAUGAUGACGAUGAUGAUCAUGAUGUUGAUGAUUAUGAUGACGAUGUUCAUCAUGAUGAUGAUGAUGAUGAUGAUGAUGAUGGUGAUGUAGAUCAUGGUGAUGAUGAUGAUGACGAUAAUGAUGAUGAUGGUGACGAUGAUGAUGGCGAUGCUGAUGAAGAUGAUGAAGAUGGAGAAGAUGAUGAUGAUGAUGAUGGUGAUGACGAUGAUGAAGAUAAUGACGAUGAUGAUGAUGAUGAUGAUGCUGAUGGUGAUGAUGAUGGUGAUGAUGACGUCGAUUUUGAUGAUGAUAGUGAGGAUGAUGAUGAUGAUGACGACGACGAUGAUGAUGAUGUUGAUGAUGAUGGUGAUGAUGAUGAUGAUAAUGACGAUGAUGACGAUGAAGACGAUGAAGCUCAUGAUGAAGUAGUUGAUUCUGAUGAUGGUGAUGACGUUGAUGGUGAGAAAGGUGAUGACAAUGAUAACGAUGAUGAUGAUGAUGCUGAUGUAGAUCAUGGUGAUGAUGACGAUGAUGAUGAUGAUGAUGGUGACGAUCAUGAUGAUGCUGAUGAUGAUGAUGAUGAUGAUGAUGACGAUGAUGAUGAUGAUGCUAAUGAUCAUGAUCAUGAUGAUGAUGAUGAUGAUGAUGAUGACGACGAUGAUGGCGAUAAUGAGGUUGAUGAUUAUCACUCUGACGAUGAUGAUGAUGAUGAUGAUGAUGAGGAUGAUGAUGACGAUGAAGAUGAUGAUGUUGUUGAUGGUGAUGAUCAUGACGAUGAUGAUGAUCACCAUGAUGACGAUGUUGAUGAUGGUGAUGAUGAUGACGAUUUUGAUGAUACUGGUGAUGAUGAUGAUGGUUAUGAUGAUGACGAUUAUGAUGACGAUGGUCAUCAUGAUGAUGAUGAUGAUGACGAUGAUAACGAUGAUGAUGAUGAUGGUGAUGUAGAUGAUGGUGAUGAUGAUGGUGACGAUAAUGAUGAUGAUGGUGACGAUGAUGAUGGUGAUGAUGUUGAAGAUGAUGAUGAUGGGGGUGAUGUUGAUGAUGAUGAUGGUGAUGACGAUGAUGAAGAUGAUGACGAUAAUGAUGAUGAUGUUGAUGAUGAUGGUGAUGAUGACGUCGAUUAUGAUGAUGAUAGUGAGGAUGAUGAUGAUGAUGACGACGACGAUGAUGAUGAUGUUGAUGAUGGUGGUGAUGAUGGUGAUGAUGAUGACGAUGAUGACGAUGAAGAUGAUGAAGAGGAUCAUGAUGAUGAUGAUGAUGAUGAUGAUUAUGAUGAUGAUGAUGAUGAUGAUGACGAUUAUGACGAUGAUAGUGAGGAUGAGGACGAUGAUGUCGACGAAGAACAUGAUGAUUUUGAUGCUGAUGAUGAUGAUGAUGAUGAUGACGAUUAUGAUGAUGAUGCUGAUGAUGAUGAUGAUGAUGAUGAUGAUGACGAUUAUGAUGAUUAUGCUGAUGAUGAUGAUGAUGAUGAAGAUGACGAUGAUGAUGAAGAUGAUGAUGAUGAUGAUGAUGAUGAUGAUGAUGAUGAUAAUAAU